AUGGACGAGGAUUGCGGAGAAGAUGAAGAAGGAAGAGAGAAAUGCCAGGGAGGUUGUGGGAGGCAUGUUAAUGUAUGCCUCUGCACUGUACUAGUUUCUCAAGCAAUGAAAACAUCUACCCACAUUGUCAUAUUACAACAUCCCCAUGAGGCGAGGCACAAGCUUGCGACUGUUUCGCUUCUCAAUAGAUGUCUGAGCAAUUGCUAUGUUAUAGUUGGUCGUUGUUUACACGGGAAAUCCUCCUCAAUCCUUGACAAUAUAUGCCAAUCGACAUGCCAUGUUCUUUUACUCUUUCCGGGCAAUGAAGCACUCAAUCUGAACAAGUGGGUAUCGUCGUCAUCAUUAGGUAUGUCCAUGCCUACUACCCAAAAUGAAAAACAAUGGAGAGGAAUUAAAAGGAGUAUUGUUGUUGCACACUCCCUGAGGACUUUGGAACCCACACCGAUUGUUGUUGAAAUUAAGCACAAACUUCUCUCUAUUUCGCAUGCCAUGGUUGCAUACCAAGUUCACAAUUUGAAGCCCAUGAGACCUUACCCCAAAUUGCUUAAAAAGGGCAGUUGCCCCGUUUCCCCCUCCUCAUGA